UCUCGUUGUCAUCGAUUUCAGUUCGACUUUGCUAGGAAUGCGGAAAAAUUUUAAAGUUUUCUCGACGUUUUCCACGGAAAUUAUAAUUAUAAAAAUUAUAAAGCAUAUUCUACCUUAAGCUAGGAUGUAUUUAUUGUUCGUUAUCAGUGCCAUGUGUUUCUUGAUGGCAUUUUCGUCGAAAAUAGCCAAAUUGAUCCUUCCUUUCGUCCUGCGGGAACCUACUCAACUGGUACGGCUUCGCGCUCAAAUCGAGCAGGCCCGCCGUGAGCUUGCAAAGAUAUCGAUGCGCGAAAACUAUCUCGAGUACGUUCACAAGGAGCGUGCGCUGGUUCAGCUGGAAAAGGAAAUGGCAGCGCCGAUGGACAGCUAUAACAGCCGGAAGCUAAUCUUCGACUAUGGCAUCGGGUACGGGCUGUACGCUGUGCUGGCAUUGGGGCUUAUUGUGAUUUCGGUGUUCUAUCGAUAUCAGCCGGUGGUCGUUUUCGGGAGCAAUUUUAAUUUUGAACCAUUUGGCAAGGUACUCAAUUUCCCGACCGGAGUACCGAAUGCGGUGUCCACGGUUUUCUGGAUCGUGGUAAAUAAUUUCGUAGCUCGGACCGUAGUCGGGUAUGUUAAGUGAUAGGCAGACAAUUACAAAACUAGUUGACUAUUUUUAUUAACUUGAUUAAUUAUAAUUACUAUCAAACUUAA